AUGUCAGGGCCAGAGACGCCUCUCCCGAGGCACGAUUUCUAUCAGAACGAGGAGUAUGUCAUCGUCGCGGUGUACAUCAAGGGCUUGAACGUUGAGGGUGUCAAGGAGAAGGUGGACAUCAGCUUUGAAGAUAAGCAGGCUACUAUCGUCCGGCCUAAUCCUGAGGCUGAAGGGGAGAAGUUGACCGUCAAGCUGGGACCUCUUUAUGCCGGGAUCAAGGCAGAUGAGAGCACGAGUCGUAUCCUCAGCAGCAAGAUCGAGCUCAAGCUCCGCAAAGCCGAACACAUCGCAUGGACAACUCUCCUCUCCACGCCCGAAAGUGCCCCGCCGCGAGUCCUCAGCCAGGCCCCACCCGCCAACGCCACCGCCUCCAGCUCUACCGCUCCCCCUCCCACCGAAACCGAGGACAAGCGGUCCGAUGCUUUCGCCGAUAUCGGGAUGGCGUCAUCCAGUGUGCCUCACGCCGGUGGACCCGCCAAGAUCAACAAUAAGCGCAAGAACUGGGACCGAGUCGUCGAGGAGGAGUUGAAGGUCAAGAAGGAGGAUCGUACUGCUGCGGACCCUAACUCUGGCGGUGAUAAUGCUCUCCAGAAGAUGUUUGCGGACAUCUACAAGGACGCCGACCCGGACACGAAGCGGGCGAUGAUCAAGAGCUUUACCGAGAGCGGCGGUACCACGCUUAGUACCGACUGGAACAGUAUCGGCAAGGAGAAGACACCCAUCAGGCCGCCAGAUGGCAUGGAAGCGAGGAAGUACUAA